AUGCGUAAACUUUUGUGUCUAAUUAACAAUUUCAUUCUUUGUCCGUCUCCGUGUUCAGGACUCCUCCCAAAUGGCAACUUUGAGGAAUCACCCGCGAAGUCAAACCUCAAGAAGACAGUAAUCAAAGGGAAAUAUUCACUCCCGAAAUGGGAAAUCAACGGCUUGGUGGAGUACAUCUCCGGUGGGCCGCAGCCACGGGGCUUCUUCUACGCCGUUCCUCGCGGGGUUCACGCGGUGAAACUAGGCAAUGAGGCCUCCAUCUCUCAAAACGUGAAGGUGAAUCCAGGCUCCAUCUACUCCAUCACGUUUGGGGCCACAAGGACUUGUGCCCAAGACGAAGUGCUAAGGGUUUCGGUCCCCGGCCACUCGGCGGACCUUUCCCUACAAACCCUUUUUAGCAGUAAUGGAGGCGACACUUAUGCCUGGGCUUUCAAGGCGACUUCUAGGGUUGUGAAGUUGACAUUUCACAACCCUGGGAUUCAGGAGGACCCCACUUGUGGACCCUUUAUUCCCAACAGACCCCUCUUGGAUGCUAUUGCAAUCAAGGAAAUGCUGCCCCUCAGGUAUACUAAAGGAAACCUCGUGAAAAAUGGAGGUUUCGAAAUUGGCCCUCAUGUGUUCAAGAAUUUCUCAACUGGAAUACUCCUCCCUCCCAAGCUAUUAGACCUAAUCUCACCACUCCCCGGGUGGAUUAUCGAGUCCAUCAAACCGGUGAAGUACAUCGACAAGAAGCACUUCUUUGUUCCCUCUGGCCUCGUCGCCAUUGAAUUGGUUGCUGGGCGAGAAAGUGCCAUUGCCCAAAUCAUCAGAACAGUUCCCAGCAAGUUGUACAACCUCACUUUCACCAUUGGAGAUGCAAAGAACGCUUGCCAUGGCUCCAUGAUGGUUCAAGUCUUUGCUGCCAAAGAAACCCUGAAAGUUCGAUUUGUAUCUGGAGGAAAGGGUGAGUUCAAAACUGCAAGUUUCAAGUUCAAAGCAAUCUCGGCAAGGACAAGGAUAACGUUUUUCAGUGCUAGCUAUCACACAAGGCUUCACGAUUAUGGUCAUAUUUGUGGUCCUGUGUUGGACAAUGUCAGGGUAUUUCCUACCGUCCACUGA